CAUGAACCACCAUUUCACUAUAUACCAAAGUUUAAAAUAAAUAUAAUGAACACGUUAAAUAAAAUAUGAAGUACACAGCGUGUAAAUGCAAGAAUAUCCCAAUCGAUUUCCCCAAAUAAGUUUUUGAGUAUCUUGAUUACUGUCGUGCAGGGAAACGAUGAGGAUGGCAUGUUGAGAUAAGAAUAAAUAUAUUAGUGAGAGAUAAGAGGAGAGAGAGAGUGAGAGUAAUGAAGGAAGAAGGGCCUCAUCCAUUGUUGAAGGGAGGGAGGAGGAGCUGGAAGGAGGAAAGCUCAAGCUACAACCAUGGCUUCUCACCAUCUCAAAUCCAAUCACUGGCUGCCAUUUGUCAGGCCCUCAUUCCUCCUCUCUCUGAUGAUGCUAAUAUUCAAGAUUCACCAAAUCCCCUCUUCAACUCUGAUGAGGUGGCGGAGCUAAUGGUGAAGAGAGCCAUGCCUAAAGGAUUGUUGAUAGUGAGUUUAGUGUUGAAGUUUCUAUCAAGCAGAGUGGGAACACUCUUGCUGUGUGGGUGGAUUUGUUUGGAUUGGAAGUGGCCAUUUGUGCACAGUUUUUCCGAGUUGUCGUUGAAGAAGAGAGAGGCCAUCCUUCAAAAAUGGUCGAGAGCGACUCUUCUGCUGCCAUUAAGAAUAGCUGUCAUGUCGCUAAAGAUCAUCACUCUCUUCGUCUUCUUCUCUUUGACUGAUGAAAAUUCGUACAACCCCGCUUGGAAAGCAAUUGGAUAUGAGGUAGAGGCCAUUGAGAGACGGAGAAGACAUGAAGAGGAAAGACCACUUGCUAAGGGGAUCAUCGACACCAUGAACAUAGAUGAGACAUCACUGAAGGAAUCCCUAAUCCAAAAAGGCUUAGUUGUCGUGGAGGACCCAAACGAGCAUGUUUAUAAAAUUAAAUGUGAUGUGGUGAUCGUUGGAUCGGGUAGUGGUGGAGGUGUUGCUGCAGCUGUCCUUGCAAAGUCGGGCAAGAAAGUUGUUGUCCUUGAGAAAGGUCACUACUUUGUGCCGGAGGAUUAUUCAGGCCUCGAAGGGCCUUCGUUGUCUGAGUUAUACGAAUCUGGUGGAAUGCUGACUACAGAAGAUGGAAAGAUAUUGGUCAUGGCGGGAACAACGGUAGGUGGUGGUUCGUCUAUAAAUUGGUCUGCUUGCAUAAGAACUCCUGAUUAUAUACUGAAAGAAUGGUCUAAAGAAAACAAGAUUCCUCUUUUUAGCAGCCACGAAUAUCGAUCUGCAAUGGAUCAUGUGUGUGAGAGGAUCGGUGUGACAGAAUCUUGCACAGAAGAAGGGUUUCAAAAUCAAGUGCUCAAGACGGGUUGUGAGAAUCUCGGCCUGAAGGUCGAGCCUGUGCCAAGAAACUCUUCAGCAGAUCAUUACUGUGGUUCUUGCUGCUAUGGCUGCAGAAGAGGAGAUAAAAAGGGAACUGAAUCCACGUGGCUUGUUGAUGCUGUCAACAACGGGGCAGUGAUCUUAACCGGAUGUAAAGCAGAGAGGUUCGUGCUGGUGAGGGGCGGCGACGAAACAUCCAGAAAGAGAUGUGUUGGAGUGAUAGCGACUGCUGAAAGCAAGAAAAUCGGGAGGAAGCUUCGUAUUGAGGCAAAGGCUACAGUUUCUGCUUGUGGUUCUCUCCUCACACCACCAUUGCUGGUAGCUAGCGGGUUGGAGAACAUGCACAUUGGUCGGAAUCUGCAUCUCCACCCCGUCUCCUUCGUGUGGGGAUACUUCCCCGAAUCUCAAGUGGAACUCAAAGGUAAAAGCUUUGAGGGUGGUAUCAUCACCUCCAUCCACAAGGUCCGAAAUGAAGAAGAAUCAAGCGCCCGAGUCAUAGUGGAAGCUGCAGCGCUUGGACCUGCUUCAUUCGCCUCAUUGAUCCCUUGGGUUUCAAGGCAUAACAUGAACGAGCGUAUGGCAAGAUACGCCCGGACUGCUGUUCUAUUUGCAUUGCCCAGAGAUGAGGGCUCGGGUUGUGUGAUCAAACAAGGACGUAUAAGAUACAGAUUGAGUGAAAUGGACAAAGAAAACCUCAAAACCGGGCUGAGACGAGCUCUGAGAAUCCUGAUUGCUGCAGGAGCUGCAGAAGUGGGCACAUUCAGAAGCGAUGGGCAGAAAAUGAGAUGCAAAGACGGGGGCGUGGAAGAGUUUCUCGACUCAGUGACAGCAGUUGGGGGGCCUAUGUCGAGGUCAGAGCAGUGGACGAUGUAUUGCUCCGCGCAUCAGAUGAGCAGCUGCAGGAUGGGAGGGAGCAAGGAGGACGGGGCGGUGGAUGAAAACGGGGAAUGCUGGGAGGUAAAGGGACUGUUCGUGUGUGAUGGAAGUGUGCUGCCCACUGCGGUUGGUGUGAAUCCAAUGAUCACCAUUCAAUCAACUGCUUACUGCAUCGCCUCAAGAUUAGCACAUUCCCUCAAUCUACACUCAAAUUAAUUAGUAUGUGAGUUGCUUCUCAUAGUCCCACAUUUUGUAUGUAUAAUAUUCUUUGAUGAGAUGGGCUGAAUAAGGCGAAUUACGAGGUGAAAUCUUUCCAUAUAUAUAUAUAUGUAUAUGUAUAUAUGCCUCUAGCCUCUGUUCUUGUACUUAUAUUAGAAGAUUUAAGGCCAUGUUUGAUAA